AUGUUGGACCUUUUUACAAUAUUCAGCAAAGGCGGAAUCGUCCUUUGGUGUUUCCAAAGCACCAGUCAAAUUAGUCAAUUUUUCAUACCCUCGGUAAAUUCGUUGAUCAAAACUGUUAUUCUUCAGGAACGGACUAGUAGUAACAAUAAUUAUGAGCAAGAUUCUCUGUCCUUAAAAUAUAGACUGGACAAUGAGUUUGAUUUGGUAUUCGUGAUAGCAUUUCAAAAAAUACUACAACURUCAUAUGUAGACAAAUUUCUGGACGACAUACAAUUGGAAUUUAGGGAUAAGUAUAAAAAUGACUUGGCCCGAAAAAACUAUUUUAUGGAAUUUGAAUUCAGUAAAAAUUUCAAAGAAGUUCUCAAGUCUGCUGAAGAAUGGGGUAAGGCUCAAGCCUGUAUUCCAAAGCAGAUGCGUACAUUCAAUGAGUCUACAAAAUCUAAAAAAACUGUAGCGUCUAUGAUUGAAAGAAAAGGGGAUGAUAAAGAAAAUAAAAAAAAUUCAAAAAUUAUUGAAACUCAAAAAAAUGAUAAAGAAGUUAAUCAUAAUGGCGUUUCAUUUAAUGAGGAAGACUUAAUCACUCAAAACCGAUUAAAAAUGGCUCAAAAAAUGGGUGCUAUGAAUUCAAAUAAACUAAAAAAAAAUAAAGAAAAAGCUCCAAAACCUUCUCCUAAAGCUACCAAACAACCGCGUACAUGGCCAUUAGGUGGAGCGGCAAAAGAUAUACGUUCUUUAGAUUAUACUAAAGAUAAGCCAAAUAAUAACGCAGAUAGUCCUAUUGAAAUUGAAACUAACAAUGAGAUUGUUGGACAAAUGGUUGGAAGUAUUAAAGACAUAGAAAUUGAUAGUGAUAGUGACGAAGAAGAGUCUGAUGAAAAAUUUGAAACAGCUGCUGAACGCAAGAGGAAGAAUGAUAGUAAAAAAAGUGUAUUCUCUAUGUUCAAAGGUUUAGUUGGAAGGAAAAAUUUGACUGCAACUGAUAUGGAUCCAGUAUUGGAAAAACUUAAAGAACACUUAGUUGCAAAAAAUGUAGCUAUUGAAAUAGCAACUAAGCUUUGUGAUUCUGUUUCCUCUAAACUUGAAGGAAAGGUUCUUGGUUCAUUUGAAUCAGUUGCAUCAACAGUAAAGAAUACUAUGAUUGAAUCUCUAGUACAAAUAUUGUCACCAAAACGGAGGAUUGAUAUUUUGCGUGAUGCAAUGAUGGCAAAAAAAAACGAUAAGCCUUAUGUUAUGGCGUUUUGUGGAGUGAAUGGUGUUGGAAAAUCUACAAAUCUUGCAAAAAUAUGUUUUUGGUUGAUUGAAAAUAAUCUAAGAGUAUUAAUUGCAGCUUGUGAUACAUUUAGAGCAGGUGCUGUUGAACAAUUAAGAACUCAUACAAAACAUUUGAAUGCACUACAUCCUGCAAAAAAACAUAAUGAUCAGCAAAUGGUACAACURUACGAAAAGGGAUAUGGAAAGGAUGCAGCUGGAAUUGCUAUGGAAGCGAUAAAUCAUGCUAAGGAAGCCAAGUAUGAUGUAGUUCUUGUCGACACAGCUGGAAGAAUGCAAGAUAAUGAACCAUUAAUGCGAGCUUUGACCAAAUUGAUUAAAGUCAAUGAACCUGACAUGGUAUUAUUUGUUGGUGAAGCAUUAGUUGGAAAUGAAGCAGUUGAUCAGCUGGUAAAAUUUAAUCAAGCCUUAGCUGAUUAUUCGUCUUCUGUUACUCCACAUUUGAUUGAUGGAAUUGUGCUCACAAAAUUUGACACAAUUGACGACAAGGUUGGAGCUGCCAUUUCAAUGACGUACAUCACAGGUCAGCCAAUAGUAUUUGUGGGAACUGGUCAAACAUAUACAGAUCUCAAAUCACUGAAUGCAAAGGCAGUGGUUGCUGCUCUAAUGAAAUGAAAAUAUUGAUUGCUGCAUAUUACAUUUAAACAGUAUCUUUAAUAACUUGAUUGACCUAUAACAUUUGAACUCCCAUCUAUUUCAUUGUAAUCUGGUGAUAAUUUGUUGGUUUUUUUAUUAGUUAUUUAAUGAAUAUUCUAAAGUAUUUUAUGUUUUUAAUAUUUGGUGAA